UCAUCAUGUAAUAUUUGCUGUGCAAACCUAAACUGACCAGUUAUCAGGGGUUACAUCCCUCGAGCAUACACACGUGUGUAAGAAAUUUAUUUUAGAGCCUGUAGGACAGUAGCAACUGUCAUACUGUCGGGAAGCUAAAAAACCUGAGAGGGAUGUGUGUGUUCAUGGAAGACUUCGCUGAGGUGUUUUAACAGACAGCAUGAGUGGUCAAAGUCCUGCUCCUUCAGCCAGUAAUGGCAUUACUCCACUCCAACAGAUGGUGGCGUCCUGCUCCGGAGCCAUCCUCACAUCUUUGUUUGUCACACCUUUGGAUGUUGUGAAGAUCAGACUGCAGGCGCAGAAAAAUCCCUUCCCCAAAGGCAAAUGCUUUGUCUAUUGCAAUGGACUUAUGGACCACAUAUGUGUGUGUGAAAACGGCAACUCAAAGGCCUGGUACAAAGCCACCGGUCACUUCAAUGGCACACUGGAUGCCUUCGUCAAGAUCGUACGCCGUGAAGGAAUAAAGGCAUUAUGGAGCGGUCUACCUCCAACCCUUGUGAUGGCAGUCCCAGCUACAGUGAUCUACUUCACGUGCUACGACCAGCUGUGUGCAGCGCUGAGGGUCAGGAUGGGAGACUACGCUCAGGAGGCUCCUCUUCUGGCAGGAGCUAUCGCUAGAGUGGGUUCAGCGACAGUGAUCAGCCCUCUGGAGCUGAUCCGUACGAAGCUGCAGUAUCAGAAACAGUCGUACAGGGAGCUGACUGACUGCAUCCGCUCGGCAGUGCAGACAGAAGGCUGGCUGUCUCUGUGGCGGGGUUUGGGGCCCACACUCCUCCGAGACGUGCCCUUCUCGGCCAUGUAUUGGUACAACUAUGAGAAGAGCAAGAGCUGGCUGUAUGAACGGUACAACACCAGAGAACCCACGUUUACCAUUACCUUCGUAUCUGGAGCGGUGUCUGGCUCUAUUGCGUCCAUUGUAACGUUACCUUUUGAUGUUGUCAAGACAAGAAGGCAGGUGGAGCUGGGAGAGCUACAAGCAAAGAAUUUGUCAUGUCAGGUUUCCUCCUCCACCUUCAGUGUGAUGAGCAGGAUUGUGGCACAGGACGGUUUUGGUGGACUGUUUGCAGGUUUCCUCCCCAGGCUGAUCAAAGUGGCCCCGGCAUGUGCCAUCAUGAUCAGCUCUUAUGAGUUUGGGAAGGCCUUUUUCCACAAACACAACCAGGAGAGGAUACUCGGACCGCUGCAGACCAGCAACACCUGAUAGUUUUCCAGUCAUUUCUCUCCAAACCAAACGCCACUAUGAUUGCACCUGGAAGGAAAAGGCUUAUGUUGCCAAAUUACAAACAAGCAGAAAUGGAAGUGAAAAAAAUAAUGAACUGCUUGACCCAUUUCUGCAGUGCAAGAUAUUAUAGUUGAUCAAAAUGUAUUUUAAAAGCUAUUUAUUAGUAUUUAUGAUUUAAUAUUCUAUGGUUUUAUGUUCACCACCAUAGAUCCUGUGCGCACAACUGAAAAGAAAUAAUGUUUGAACAGCCAGCAGAUGGCAGCCACAGUUUUGUUAAUAAUGUGUCAUUUUCCAGGUCCCACAUGUGGCUGUCUCACUGGGAUCAUGUGCAUUGUGCCUGAAGUCCUUACAUUAGAGAUGUAUGAUUAAUCUGUUUUAUUCCUCUGUGUGUCACUCAGAAUCAGUGUUUCCUCCCCUGACACAAAGACAAUCUCCAUGUUUUUGCACUUCCACUCAAAUCCACACACAAAAAGCCAAUAUUGUGCCAGACAGUACAGUGUGAGUGUAAAGCUAUGAGUGUUUUUCAGUUUGACAAGAGACUGUGCAAGAGGACUGUGACACACGUCUCAAAUGUUCAAUAUACAUACCUGAUUUUCUUUGGAAAUUCUUUUAAUUCAUUGACUUUAUUCAAGCUUUAUCAACACACCUGUUCAUUGUCGACAAGAAACUCGAAUCAAGUUCUCACUGUUUGAGUAAGAGGAGUUUAUUCAAAAUGAUAAAAAGGCAAACAAAUCCAAUAAAACAUCUGCUGUA